GGUUGCGGUAAUCCGGUUCCGACAUGACAAGUGCGGCCGUUCGCUGCUUAACUUUGGGUUAGAUUUCAGCUCUAAAACCUUUUAAAACGGCCUUUUUUAGAGAUUUCACCGUUAGCUGGAGGUGUGAUCGUUGUGCCAUGGUGGACUGAUCACUGUUACCGGCUUUGAGAGAGCUUUAAUCCGGGUGAUAGUUGGGUUUAUACCGGGGGAGAUGUGGUCCUCCGCUCUGUAGCCUCGUUUCUGGGACUAAAGGCCGGAUAAUAUUGACAAGCAAAGCCGAAAAACCCUCCACAUACACGGGGGAAGGCAUCGGGAGGCUCCGGGUGUCCGUGUCACGCCGAUACUGGAGAUUGUUUUAAUAUUUUUCUGUUAAAAAGAGGGACAAAAUCAACCACAACGCUGGAAACGAGACGGAGAGCCAAGAUGCGGGGGGGCGCGGUGACGUGGCGUCCACAGCCCUGGCAGGACGGAGAUGGAGGAGGAGGAGAGCCUCUGUCUGACUCUGACUCUGAGGAGGAAGACUUUCCUGACGACAGCACCACUCCACUGGGGGACUACAUCAGUCAUGGUCUGAAGCAGCUCCUGGACGCUCAGCAGCUCUGUGACGUCACCCUCCUGGUCGAGGGGAAGAAGUUCAACUGCCACAGAGUGCUUUUGGCUGCAGUGAGCCCGUACUUUCGUGCGAUGUUCACGAGUCCCCUGGUGGAGUCCCGCCUCACUGAGAUCCGACUGGAGGACGUGACGCCGGCGGUGAUGGAUACUGUGAUCCGAUUCGUUUACUCCGGGGAGGCGGGGCUUUCUCUGGACACGGCCGAGGACCUGUUUGUGGCGGCGAAUAGACUUCAGGUCAUGCCCCUGCAGGACCUGUGCUCCAGGUUCCUGUUCGAGCACCUGUCGGUGGAGAACUGUCUGGGCAUGUAUUCUCUCGCCCGCUCGCACCACGACCAGCUCCUCCUCCGCGCCUCGCUGCGAUUGGUCGCUCAGCACUUCCCCCGUGUUUCUCGCCAAAAAGACUUCCUCCUGUUGGACCACGGCACGCUGGGGUCUCUGCUGGGCUCGGACCGCCUCGGCGUGCACUCGGAGGCGGAGGUGUACGACGCGGCGCGGCGGUGGGCGGAGCAUCUGCCUCUGGAGAGAUACGCCCACAUGCCCAGUUUACUGCAGCACCUGCGCCCGGGGCUUCUGUCCAACGAGGAGAGCCGACGCUUGAGCCAGGAGCUGGGGCCCGCGGCGGCAGGCGAGGGUCCGGGCGGACCCCUACGACCACGAGAGGGCAUGUUCGAGAAAAAGAUCGUCUGCAUCGACCUCACGCCACGCGAGGACGAAAACCUGAGGGAUUUUACUGUCGACUGUUUCGACCCGAGAACGGGGAAGUGGGAGAAGUUGGCUCCACUGGGGGCGCUGGUGAGCCCGGGCUGCGCGGCCGUGGGCGACAGGCUGUUUGUGGCGGGGGGAAUCCUCAGGACCUUCUCGGUGUCUCAGAGCGUCCACGAAUACGACGCCGUCCUGGACCGCUGGGUGGAGCGUGCGCCCAUGUCACAGCCGCGCGCUAUGCUCGGUCUCUUAGCCUGUGGGAAGUCCCUGUUUGCUUUAGGAGGGAGUAACCGCUCGGCUCUGCUGGACUCCAGCGAGGUCCUGGACCUGACGACGAUGACCUGGUCUCUCGGGCCUCGCCUGCCCCUGCCGCUCAGAGCCUUUGCCUGCGCCACCCUCCGCUCCCGUCUUUAUUUACUCGGAGGAACCACGUUAGAACAGAACAGAGCCGUGGUGCACUCCGGCGUGCUCAUCUACCACACGCUCACGCGCUGCUGGACCAAAGUGGCUCUGGACUCUGGAGCGACCUGCCUGGCGGGCGGUGUGGCGGUCAGGGGCGGAGUCUGCGCGAUCGGCGGAUACAUGAGGGACACCACCAAGUUUUUAGAUGGGAAUUUUACCAACCUGGAGACGCUGGACGCCACGGGACGGGUGCUGUUUUUCCGAGAAGGGCGGGGGACGGAGCGCGAGGUGGUGGUGACGAACGAGCGGGAGAGGGGGGGAGGGGGCAGCGACAGAGCGCCCAGCCCCGUGGUGUUUCCAGGGUUACCGCGGCGGAUAGCGGCCGGGGGCGUGGCCAGGUGGAAGCGGCGGAUCUAUGUUUUGGGCGGGGAGAACGGCUCGCGGUUCUAUGAUAGUAUUUACUGCUGGAAGCCCGGCUGGAGGAGCUGGGUGCAGAGGAGGGAGAAGCUGCCGGGGGACACGGGCGGAGUCAGUCAGUUCGGCUGCACCACGCUCAAGUUCCCCAAGAAACACAUCCUGAGCAGACUGAGGGCCGCCAAAGAAAACUGCAAAAAGAAUCUUUGAACAACCUGUUUACACCGACCCAGCUGUGCACACGGGUCUGUGAGAGGAAAACCACUCUGCCACUGCGACCCCUGCGACCCCUGCGACCCCUGCGACCCCUGCGACCCCUGUGUGUCUGUGGAACAUUUACAUUUUGGACCUGUCAAUCACAAACCUUUCACGCGUGUUUUAAAAAGAGCUGAAAUCAGCAGAGGUGAGGUUGACGUGGGGUUCUCCUCCCGCAGACCUGCUGAGCUGAGUCACACUUUGGCGCUGUGAAAUAAAACUGUGUCCAAAACCA